CUGCUCUCUAUUCUUCUAGGUAGACUAUUGCUACUUCUUUACCAUAUUAACUUACGCUACACUUUUAUCCUCAAAAUGAAGCUUGUUACUCUACUUUUUAUUUUCACCAGUACCACAAUGGCUGCUCGUGUUUGCCGAUGCACGUACAAUGGUGAAUAUAGCAAAGACGACACCAAAGCAACCUGCAGUCAAGUUGGAGGACGCAUGCGGGCAUUGUAUUGCGAAACUAAUACUCCAAAGAAGGAAUGGAGCCAGAAGUGUGUGGAUAAAGGGAAUUGUUGGAAGCAGAGUAAAUAGCUAGGGGUCUAUUGGAAUAAUCGGCAGCUGGAUGAUGUACGGAGAAAAGUAGGGAUAGAGCGACCUGGCUGGGCCAAUUAGAUCACGCAAAUCCAGCCAUAUUAAUGGCCUUCUUCAGCUGUUGCCUUUCAGUCCUUACUAUACUAUC